GCUGUCGUUCCGGGCGCUGGGGCAUUCGAAAUAGCCGCGCAUUGCAUGUUGAACAAAUUAGCGGAUUCGGUGAAGGGUCGUGUGAAACUUGGUGUGAAGGCGUAUGCUGAUGCAUUAUUGGUGAUUCCAAAGACUUUGGCUAUGAACGCGGGUUUUGAUGCGCAAGAGACGAUUGUGAAGCUGACUGAAGAGAGAAUGGCGAGCGGUGGGAAGAUACCCGUUGGACUGGAUAUCACCUCGGGUGAGCCGACGAACCCAGUGGGAAUAUGGGACAAUGUGAUCGUGAAACGUAACAGUCUAUCGUCAUGCUGCGUGAUUGCGUGCAAUUUACUUCUGGUAGAUGAGGUUAUGCGUGCUGGAAUGACGAAUCUGAGGACAGGACAGUGA